AUGAUUUCUCCUGUGGGGAAGUCUGUCAGGAAAACUUCCUCUACCAAUGUAGACUUACUAAGAAGCCGUGUCAGGGUCACCAAGCCCCUGUCAGAGGGUCAGAUCAUUCGUCAUUGGGGAUACCCAGUUGAAGGCUAUGAAGUUGAGACUAAAGAUUCAUACAUACUUACCCUUAUAAGAAUUCCCUAUGGAAGAAUGGGCAAUAAUAUGACAGCUCAGCGGCCAGUGGUGUUUUUGCAGCAUGGUUUGUUGGCAACAUCUAUCAUCUGGGUCUCCAACCUUCCCAACAACAGCCUCGGCUUCAUUCUAGCAGAUGCAGGUUUUGACGUGUGGAUGGGAAACAGUCGGGGAAGCACCUAUUCCCGGAAACAUGCCUUUUUGCCCAUAGAUUCUAAAGAAUACUGGGCUUUCAGUUUUGAUGAAAUGGCUCGAUAUGACCUGCCAGCCUCAAUUGACUACAUUGUGAAAAAAACUGGGCAAAAGAUAUAUUAUGUGGGCCAUUCUCAGGGCACCCUUACUGGUUUCUUAGCAUUCUCCACCUUGCCCAAGAUAGUUCAGAAAGUCAAAACUUUUUUUGCUUUGGCUCCAGUCUUUUAUAUUCGACAUAUCAAAAGCAUCCCGUUACUGCAGAUUUUUAGUCUGCGUCAGCCAUUGUUUAAGAUUUUAAUGGGUGAAAAGGACUUUCUGCCUGAGACUGCCCUCAAUAGAAUUUUGGCCACUACAGUAUGUGACAAUGAAAUAACUAGUCUUCUCUGUGGUAAAAUCAUCUUCAGUCUGACUGGGUUUGAUACAAAGAACUUAAACAUGAGUCGAAUUGAUGUAUAUGUAGCACAUUUCCCAGGGGGAACAUCUGCCCAAAACAUACUCCACUACUUACAGGCUUUUUAUGAAAGUCGACAAAUACUACAAGCUUUUGAUUGGGGGAGUGAGAAAGAGAACUUUGCUCAUUAUAAUCAGACGAUUCCUCCCAAGUACAAUGUCUCAAAGAUGAAAGUGCCAACUGCACUGUGGAGUGGUGGAAAGGAUUUGUUGGCGGAUCCAGAAGAUGUCUCCGAUUUAAUUCCCCAAAUCCGCAGCAAAAUUUACCACAAGACUCUGCCUGACUACAAUCAUUUGGAUUUUAUUUUUGGUAUUGAUGCACCCCAGGAAAUUUACUACGAAAUAAUUAAGAUGAUAAAGAAUACCCUGUAAAGAUGAUAUUUGUGGUGAAAUAACCUUCCCUUUUCUUAGAGUUGGCUUGAAGUUAUUUUCUCUUCUAUACCAAUGGCUCUUAAAAGGAUAGUGGGACUAUUUUCUUCAUUUAAAUAUACUGAAAGAAAUAAAAACAUCU